UGUAGCUGUUGAGGAAGAUUGACAUGGUUUGAGUUUGCGAUGGAUUAGGGAAUGGUCAAAAUCAACGCCACGCGUUGGCUCCACGCAUGCUCAGUAGUACACACAGAAUGCUCGGAUCAGUUCAACAAUUUUCAAUAUUACUACCUUUAAAAAAGGCACUGCUUCGCCUUGUAGGGCUCGCUUUAUCUGCGGGAUUAUUUUCGGAGCUUUAGCAAUCACCACGUAUCGAUUUGUCAACAUCUCGUCAUUUUUAAAUAUAUCAAAUUUGUUAUUAACAAUAAGUUAUACUCUCGCAAAGUUUGGCCACACCUAGAUCCUGUCCUAUUUUCACAAAAAAAGCAGGCUUUUCUUCUAGUGCAUUUGUUUGUGUGCUGGUGGGUACCCGGCUGUGUAACUUGAUCGGGAGCUCGGGGAAGGAAUAGGGGAAUGUAGAACUGCAAUGGAGCAGAAUACAAUACAGUGGUUGCGCUCGCCCUCCUGUCAGCGGGGAAGUUAUUCCUUCUAUAAAUCUGUGAGCUGCAGGGCCCAUCCCGACGGGCCCCUCCAGGUGUGGCGGCUCGGAGAGUUCUACUACGUCCGCCGUGGCCCCCAGGAGCCUGUGUGCAUCGCUGAGGUAACACUGCUGUGGGAGGAGCAGGGACAGCACCCCCUGCUGGCCAGCUCCAGACUGUACUUCCUCCCUGAGGACACUCCUAAGGGAAGGACAAGACAGCAUGGGGAGGACGAGGUGCUGGCCGUGUGUAGGAGGAUAGUUGUCCCGGUGGAGGACCUUAUGCGCUGGGCGUGUCCUGAGCCCGUGGCGUGGCAGAACCAGAAGAGGCCCUGUAGCAGUAGCCCAGCACCGGACCUCCCCCUGGAGAACCAGGGCAGUGGAACCACAGAAGAACCGACCGGCCAGUCGCUAGACCAGGGCGGCGGAACCGUAGCAGAACUGACCAGUGGUACCAUAGCAGAACUGACCAGUGGUACCACAGCCGAACUGACCAGUGGUACCAUAGCAGAACUCACCAGUGGUACCAUAGCAGAACUCACCAGUGGUACCACAGCCGAACUGACCAGUGGUACCAUAGCAGAGCUCACCAGUGGUACCACAGCCGAACUGACCAGUGGUACCAUAGCAGAGCUCACCAGUGGUACCACAGCCGAACCGACCGGUGGUACCAUAGCAGAGCUCACCAGUGGUACCACAGCCGAACUGACCAGUGGUACCACAGCCGAACUGACCAGUGGUACCACAGCCGAACUGACCAGUGGUACCAUAGCGGAACCGACCAGCCAGACACUUGUAGAUCGGGGCAGCAGUACCGAAACGGAACCCACCUGCGGAACCACAGCGGAACCAACCAGCGGUUCCACGUCGGAACUGACCAGCCCGCCACUGGGAGACCCGAGCUGCGGAACAGCAGCAGAACCGACCAGCCACCCACCUGGGGGCCAGUGCAAUGCAGCCCCCGCGGAUCCCCAGGGGGUCAAGGUGCUCAGUUACCCCCAGUACUGUCGCUUCCGCUCCCUGCAGCGGCGGCUCCAGGACCGGCCGGGGGUCCUGGGCGGGGCCGACCCCCGCCUGCUGGCGCUGGGCGGCCUGCGGGUGGCGCUGUCCAACACCCGGGUGAUGUUCUGCCGCGAGACCUUCACCCACCCCAGCCUCGACGCCAGCUCCGCCCUCUGGCCCCACUUCAGGUGCCCCUCUCUGAGUUUACGGGGUCGACCGCGCAAGAAGAAACAGAGGGAUGUAAAGGAAUCGCCCACGCUCACCCGCAGCCAAUCAGAAUCCUGGAUAGACAAAAUGAAGGAGAACAUGAUGGGCAGCGCGGACACGAGCCCAGAGAGGGCCUGGCUCCCUCACCCCGAGGAGCAGCUCUUCCUGGAUCAGCUCUUUGUCUUCAUGGAGCGCUUCGGCCGCCCCAUCAACAAGGUGCCCAACCUGGGCUUCAAAAAGAUUGAUCUGUUCCGCAUGUACUCGGUUGUCCAGGGAAUGGGAGGCUACGAAAAGGUGACGUCAGAGCGCCUGUGGAAGGUGGUGUACAACGACCUGGGCGGUUGUCCUGGCAGCACCAGCGCGGCCACCUGCACCAGGAGACACUAUGAGAGACUCAUGCUGGGCUAUGAGGAGCACGUCCGGGCAGGGGGCGCAGGACUCAAACUCCCAGAAUCCCCCGCUCCGACAAAGUUCAAGGCCGUCAGAGGGAAGAAGGCCCAGCCGAGGGGCCGGAAGCCCGGGGCCAAAGCGAAGCAGAGUGCCUACCAACCCGCCAAAGCCCCUGCUGUUAACCCCGAUGGGACGGCGGUGGUGAAGCGGGGUCGCGGCCGCCCCCCCGGCAGACGCAACAAGGCCACCCUCCUGGCCCAGGCCAAGCUCCUGGCCCAGCAGCAGGCCAAGGCCAAGGCCGCGGUCCCCCCCUCCUCCUCCUCCUCCUCCCCCUCCUCCCCCCCCUCGACUGGCCCCGCCCCCACCCCAGCACCUACGCCAGCGUCCCCGCUAACGGUCCAGAGCCCCCCCCCCAAGCCGGCCCUGCAGGUCCACACCACCCACAUGCCCCUCACCCCGGACCUCUCCCCUCUGACAGCCCCCAUGCUCCCCUUCCUCACCAAACCCGGGCCUCAGGGGAACCAGUGGGCCGCGGACCCCCCGGGGGGGGCGACCGUCACCCCCCUCUCCGCCGGGAGCCUCCUCUCCGGGCCCCCGGGCCAGCCCCUGAUCCUGGGGACCUUCAGCCCCUCGAAGGGCGUCUGUCCCCUGGACACGUUCCGGACCCGGCUCAGCCUGCAUCACGGGGUGGAGGACCCCGCCCUCCACAAGCCCCUCCCCCAAUCGCUGCAGUCGGCGGCGGAGCCCUGCCCCGCGCACAACCACCACCACCACAACCACCAGCCGUGCGCGGGCUGCGUGGCCGACGGGGCGGCCCAGAAGGGGGCCCCCAAGGAGGGGAAGGCCCGGCCCCCUCUGCCCCCGCUGCGCGUCUUCCCCCUGGACCUGGACUGCAGCGUGCAGGUCCGCCAGCUGAUGAGGACGCCCCUGGGAGCGGUCCAGCUGCAUUCGUUCACCCGCCGGCUCUCCGAGGUGCUGGCCCAGGACCUGGGGGCCAAGCCCCUCCCCCACCCCUGCUCGCCCAUCACGCCCCCGCCGGAGCAGGCCCAGCCCCUCAACCUCAGCCAGAGGGCCCCCGGCAAGAGGCCCGCCGCCCUGUCCCUGGAGCAGACCCCGGCCAAGCGGCCCGCGCCGGGCGGCCCGCUGGCCGGGGCCGACGGGGAGGAGCUGGGCCCCGACGGGAGGCCCCGCCCCUCCGGGUCCCCGGAGCCGGGCCCCCAGGAGGAGCCGGCUGACCUCAGCUCGCCGAGCCGGAUCCGGGCCUUCCUGAUGGGCCUGCCGCCCUUCAGCGUCAACCUGGACGACGACCUGGAGGACGCCGGCUCGGCGACGUCACUUCCUGUCCCGCCUCCCGGCGAGGAGGAGGAGGAGGAGGAGGAGGAGGAGGAGCCGAUGGAGGGGGUCGACAGCGACGGGGGGCCCCAGCGGCCGACCGAGGAAGACGAGGGCCUCGACGUGGGGUCGGAGGUCGCUGACGUCCCCCCCCCCCCCCCCGCUGGUGGGAGACGACGAGGCGGGGGAGGGGAGGGGGGGAGAGAACUCUGUGAGCCUCUCGCCUGACCGGGACGGGAGCACGGUCGGACAGGAAGUGGCCGAGGACCGAGAGGAAGUGAGGUGUGAGGAUUUCCCCGCUCAGGGUCUGGCCAGGACACUGCUCCCCGCUGUGGUGACUCAGAAGAGCUGAUGGAGCCGGGCGUCCCACCGCUGGGGUGACCUGGCGCACCGUGACUCUGCUGGGCUUGGACCUACGGGCCGGGCCGGGCCGCCCCUUUACUGUGUCAAAACCGGAUUAUACCGGGAACAACCGGGCCCUGAGGACCUGGCGCCCAGACCGACUCUUGCUCUUUGUUUUUGGAGGCGAGAUGAUCCCCCAACGCCGGCUCAUGGUUUCAUUUGCUGGAUUAUUAUUUUUUUGUCCUUCAUCUUGUUUAUUCUGAAAGUAUCUUCCUUCUCUAACCCCCACAUCCUCCUCUUUCCCCCUGCAAGGACACUUCUAAAUACUGUUUCAAUAUUAUGUAGAUCAUGAGACCAUCAGAGAAUAUAUAUAUAUAUAAAUAUAUAUCACUUUGUUAGCUUAUUUGAAUUAUCAUUCCUCUACUUUUGUAGAGAUAAGCUUUUAUUUUCUAACCAAUAGUGUUCAAAAAUGUACAAAUAUUACGCGGGGCUGUACGGCUCUGAUAAACAAUGUAGUGGCAACGUCCGGUUGCAACCAAGAGGUGCAAUACAAUAGCCGACCCUUGGUCUUACACACUCGUGCCUUAAAUCGGGUUGUUCUGGUCCUGUUUCCUGUGAUGUGUUGACUUGUGUUCACGCUAAAGGGAUACCUGUACCUCGGGGUCCUUUCUGUUUCAGUCUCCUUUUGCAUGACACCUGUCCCAUUAAAGAUAGCUUCAUGAUUGAGCGGCUGUUACGCAUCUCCUUCCCGAGUUCACCGCCGGUAUCAGGAAGAAGGGGGAGAGGAAGAGACGAUGAGCAUUCCUGGAAAAUGCUAGCCUAUAACCGUUAUCGUCAUCCGUUUCUGCCCAGCGGCUCUCGUCACUGCAAAGAGUGCCAUCGAGAGAGUGAGAGAUAUUGUGUCUUAUGAGCAGUUGGAGUGUGAAAUACUCUCGCGUCCGUUCCGUCUGUUUCGUUUGCCCAGUAUAUGACUAGUAGCGGGUAGUUUAAAAACAGCUUUCGUUCAACUCUGAGGGGUGGGUUACGCCCUGGACGCACAAUCUCAGUUCAUUGAAAAAUAUGAAAAUAACUGCCAAAGUAUAUGAGAAGCGUUUAUUUCAACAUUAAUUACUUCUUGACAGGUUAAUGGUUUUAUUUAAUUUUUUUUAAGAGUAACCGACACUAAAAGCAAAUAUCAUGGAUGUCCCAAAACACAGGUUAUUUUCUGAGGCUCAAACGAACCAUCCGAUCGUUUGUUGUUUUGUUUGUGUUUAGCUCUGCAACUGAAAUGCUAUUGGUGUGAGUCCAGGGUAGUUGGUAAUAAUGGAGGCAUUGGUCUCUAUGGUCGGGAAGAUGGAGGUCGAGCUGUAAGCUUUGUUUUGGAGACCGCCUCACUGUGUCUUUCAUUGUGUCGCUCUCAAACAUCGGAUCCAUUUGCACAUCUACUGUACCCAUUGCCUCAUGUAACGUCUCACUGUAUUUAUAUCAACACACCUUUUUCAUUUGCCAACUUGUUUUUGUAUGCCCACCUAUUUACUCGACUAUAAAACCAUACAAUGACACAAGGCUGACCUUAUGCUGUUAUUUGUCCGUUUAAAUAUUUUAUUUUUUAUUGUUGUAUUAUUUUAAUUAAACCGGAUGCCCAUUCUGCAUCAGCUUGAUUCUAGAACUCUGCCGGUGAUUUGAGAAGUCUUGGAGUCCAAAUGCAUGGGUGUUUUGGGCUUAUUUUUCAAGAUGAGAAACCACUGUUAUUACAUUCAAAAGUAUACGAGAUUAUCUUAAACCACUGGCAGAUCUUUAGUCACAAGAAAAUAAGAAAAUCUAAAGAUUUAGCUGAAUUAAAGACAUGAAAUUGAAAUAUAUCUUGAACUGUGUUUAUUUCCUUCUGAUUGGAUUAGGCCUAUUUAGUUUUGAAUUGGGUGGAUAGUCCUUUUGAGUUGCACAUAAUGGCUUUGAAGGGGAUAUAAAUAAAUCCAUACAAAAAUGUAUAUCGAGCCUACAUAAAUAUAUAUAUUCAGGCUCAAUAGUUAGGUUUGGACUCGAUUGGUAAUCGACAGGUGGAACAAAAUUUGUAAAAUGGCAUCGCCUAUUCUUCACAAUUUGUCUCAUGUAAUUUGCAAAUAAACCCGAGGGCUUUAUCUUUCUGUUUUGCAGUUAAUCCUAGAACAAUAGACGAAAAGGGUCAAUACAAAUUAGCCUCCAUUCUUUAUAAUCCUUUACAAAUAUAAAGAUUUUGUGAAGGCAAUGUCGAGGACAGCUGCCAGAUUAAGGUUUCUAGAUCUUCAACAUUAAUGUCGAGUUUAAGCCUGUGGUUUAAUCACUGCGCAACCCAGUUGUAAUAGGUUCCGCAUGCAGUAGAGUGAAUGCGGAACCACGAUUUACAGCGGUACUAGGGCGACAUCUAGAAGCGAUAUCGGGGAACUGUAACAUGUAGGCCUACAAUUCACUACAUCUUGUGUAGUGUACUGUUUUUCAUCCUGAGGUACACAAGAGUACUGCAGGUGGUAUGUGGGAUUUUUGUUCUUGUAAUUGGCACAUUUGCAAUAAAAUAAAAAACGAAUAUGGAUAAGUGAAAAUAAAUAUUAAAAAUAUUGUUCAAUCAAUAGGCCUAUCAUGGCUUGCUAUAAUUUUAAAUAGUUUAACACUAUCCAUGUUUUCCAUGAAAACGUUUUCCAUUGAUGUUUUAGCGUUCAUUUGUGUUAUCUAAAUAAACAUUCUGGUAGCAGCA